UCAAUAAACAUCUUCAAUUGAGAAAAUAAAUAAACAUGACACAUACCUUUGGUCAGCGUUGCCAGCGAAAGAUACGUGGAAGUGCGCAUGAGAGAUUCUGAGGUGCCUGUUGCUCGCUGUGUUGGCAAUCAGUGUGAAGCCAGGCCUGAAGCUGGACGGAAGGGAGUAUACUGUGAGAUUAUCAAAGCAAAGAGGACUAAAAAACGCGGAACUUCUGAUGCAGCCACCGCCGCCGGCAAGACCACCACCCGCCCAUCGCCACCCAGCCAGGCGGCUGUGCUUGCUGCCAGCACCACCUGCCCGAUCCAGCGUGGCCGCCGCUGCAAAAAGACAAACCUCCAAGUUGCGGGAUGGGCGUCCAAGAUACACUACCUAUAUAUCAAAAUAAUUAUACAAGGUGUUACAUGAGUUUCUAUUAAGUUAUUCUACUCGUAAGUAGAAAGUGUUUUAUAUAGAUGCAAUUUUAAACUUUGUUUAGCCUGUGGGUGUGAUCCAGGUGUAGCAUCAUUAUUGUGUGUCAGUUUAUCAGGUUAAGAAGAGCCGGAGCAGUUAAAGGCUUAAAGGGGGUAAUAGAUUAUGGGGAAAGGGGAUGAACACAGUGGAGAUGCGAGUGAGAGGGUUGCUUGAAUCCUGACCACGACUGUAAGAGGAAUGUCAUGAUUAACACACCGCAUGCCGCUCCCACUGCCUCUCUCCUACCUCACUACAUGCCGGCUUCGCUCACUGGCUUGGAAAUAAAUGGUUCUCAACAUUUUUUUUCUCGUGUAUAGCUAAGUAAACUUGUUCAGAAAGCUACUAGCAAUAAAACUUAAUUGUAGUA